AUAUAUAUAUCCACUCCAAUUCACCAUAACAACAUCUUCAGCCUCUUAUAGGCCUUCUCUCUCCCCUUCAAGCAUACAAUAUUUUAUUGAUCAGUUUGUGAAAGGCUUUUUGUGGAAACGGAAUCAAGAUGAGCCAAUACAAUCAGAAUCAAUCUGCAGAGGCAUACCUAGCGCCGCCAUCAUCCGCGCUACCAACAUUGGUGGCACCGCCACCGGUCGGUUAUCCGAUGGGGGAUGGCACAGUCCAACCACAAAGUGAUGCUCCAAUUGAGACCAAGACCAGGGGCCCCUUGGGGUCUCCCUUGGGGUGGUGUAGUUGUUUCGCCAAUUGCGCUUCGUGCAUGAUGACAGCUUUGAGUUGUGGAACCUCAUGAGGCAAACUAAUGACUGAGAGACGGCGGCUUGCUUUGUUUUCUUGAAAUAUCAAUGGCUUUACAGAUUUUGUUUCCAAAAUAAAAUUACAUGGAAGCGUGCUUUCUAAGCCCAGCCCAAUUGACACAACUCUCACUCUCUGGAUUAUCAAUUAUUGUGUAAUAUGUUAUAUACAUUAUUUGGAUUGUUAGGUUUAAUUGUUUUUCCGGA